UGUAAUUAAAUUUAUUACAUUUUUAUCAAUUAUUUAUAUGUAUUAUAUACCUACCUAUUUAUAUACUAUAUAUCUUUCUUUUUUUUAUUAAUCUAAGUUUUAAAUAAUAAUAACAAAUAGGUACUUAUAAUGAAGACUGAUCAUUAUUUAUAAUAUGGGUACCUGUUGUAGUCGGCAUUCUCCUGAUCCUACUCAUCAUCUGGGUAAAAUCUAUUUAUAUUUUCAAUUAGUUUUAAAGUAGGUUAAUCCACCUAAAUUUUUUUGAACAAAUAGGUAUUUAUUUACUUUUUAGUAUUUCAUCAUGGUUAUAAACUGCAAGAUACUAUAGAUGUAUUAAAUAAAGGAUCUGGUGAAGUGCGUUAUGUAGCUGAUUUGAAUCGUCAACAUGGGACAGCAAGCAUUAAAAGACAUGGUGUUGAUAUCAUACGUACUCCAACAUCAAUGCGUAAUGAUAAUUUUAUUUUUUCAUAUUUGUUCAAUGUUCUUGUAUUUAUUAUAAGGUUAAUUUUAGUUCAUUCAUCUUUACAUGGACGAAUUGUGGUGGCUGUUUAUAAUUACCAAUCAAGGGAAAUGUCAGAUGUCUCCUUUGUUAAAGGAGAUAGGAUGGAGUUAUUAGAUGAUAGUGAACCAGAUUGGUGGCGAGUAAGACAUUUAAGAACUAGUGAAGAAGGAUUAAUACCUUGGAAUUUUGUGGCUGAAGAAAAAUCUGUUGAGAGCGAAGAGUAAGAAACAUUAUUAAUACUUGAUCAUAGUUAUUAAAAUUGAAAAAAAAUGUUUUUUAUUUUUAUAUUGUUAGUUGGUUCUUUGGAAAAAUUUCACGCAAAGAAGCAGAAAAGCUUUUAUUAUCUGAAGAAAACCAAAGAGGGACUUACUUAGUACGUGAUUCUGAACACAAUCCAAAUGGUUUCUCUCUUAGUGUUAAAGAUUGGGAAGGAGGUCGUGGAUAUCAUGUAAAACAUUAUAAAAUAAAAUCACUUGAUAAUGGAGGUUUUUACAUUGCUACUAACCAGACUUUUUCUAAUCUUCCUGAGCUCAUAAUUGCAUACUCAAGUAAAUAGUUUUAAAAUUAUUAUUUUUUCUUAUUCAAGUGCCUAUUUAUUAAUUUAUGUUUAUUAUAUUUAGAAAAUGCAUUAGGCUUAUGCCAUGUUUUGGCUCAUCCGUGUUGUAAACCACAACCACAAAUUUGGGAUCUAGCUCCUAAUUUACGUGAUCAAUGGGAAAUAGAUCGUAGUGAAAUUCAGUUAAUUAGAAAACUUGGCCAUGGUAAUUUUGGUGAAGUCUGGUAUGGUAAAUGGCGAAAUAACAUUGAAGUAGCUGUAAAAACUCUUAAACAAGGUUCUAUGUCUACUCAAGCAUUUCUGCAAGAAGCUUCUAUAAUGAAAAAGUUCCGACAUGAUCGAUUAGUUGCCCUCUAUGCAGUUUGUUCAAAAGAUGAACCUGUACUAAUUAUACAAGAAUAUAUGUGUAAUGGGAGUUUAUUGGAGUUCUUACGAAAUUGUGAUAGUAAAUAUUUGCAAUUUGGUGAUUUAAUCUACAUUGCUGCUCAAGUUGCUAGUGGAAUGGCAUAUUUGGAAUUAAAACAAUUAAUUCAUCGGUAAAAUUAUUUAUGAUUUGUUUUAGUUAAUUAUACAUUUUAUAUUUACUCCAACUUGUGUAGGGAUUUGGCUGCAAGAAAUGUAUUGAUUGGUGAAAAUAAUAUGGCCAAAAUUUGUGAUUUUGGACUAGCCAGAAUAAUAGAAGAUGAUGAAUAUUGCCCUAGACAAGGAACACGGUUUCCUGUGAAAUGGACUGCCCCUGAAGCUAUUGUUUACGGGCGUUUUUCAAUCAAAUCAGAUGUAUGGUCAUUUGGAAUAUUGCUUAUGGAAUUAUUUACGUAUGGUCAAGUCCCAUAUCCUGGUAAAAAUUUAUAUUAAUUUUACAUUGAUUCGUAAUUAUAAUAAGAUACUUUUGUUACACACAAUUUAAGCCUUGUACUAUAAAAAAAAUCUUUAUCAAUGGAAUAACAUUUAUAUUCUGAGUGUAGCAUAGAAGCUAUUAGAUAGUUUAAUUAUGUGUAUUUUUUAAGAAAUCACUUUCAAUUAAUAAAAAGUUCCAAAUUAUUCACACUACCUUAAAAUGUUUAGAUUUUUCAUCCAGUUACACUAAAUUUUCAAAAAAUUGUCAGCUUCAAACAAUUUUUCUAUACAGUUUAAAAGUCUAACAACAAAUGUUGAUACAUUAUUUAUGUUCGGUCUUCUAGAUUUCUGAGUUACUUUGGUUAUAUAACGAAAAUACGAAUAAUACUACUCCUGCCAAAGAGUAAAUCACUGAUUAAUAUUGUGUACACUAGAUUCCAGAAUACCAAGAUUUUCCAAUGAUUACCAAGAUGUUCAUGAUCACCAAACAUUUCCUUUAGUUAUUUACCCAUCGACUCCUACUGUCAUUUAAUUAUACAUUAUCCAGCCAUUCUCCCACCCCAGGUUAUUUUACACUUGUUCUUUGGUGAUUUCCAUGAUUUAUAUUAGUCAUGUUUUUAUUUUAAAAAUGGUUUUUUGCUCAAUACUGUGCAUUAGUAAAGCUAUGUGGUACAGCUAGUAUAAUAUAAAUAGUAUUGUUUUUAAUAUAAUUACUAUUCUUAAUAAAUAUAUCUUAUAUUUAGGUAUGCAUGGUCGUGAAGUAAUUGAACAAGUAGAACAUGGAUAUCGUAUGCCAAAGCCUGUAUCCCAUUUCAUUCCUGAUGAUAUUUACAGACUGAUGUUACUGUGUUGGGACUCUGAUCCAGAUAAAAGGCCUACAUUUGAGUUCCUUAAUCAUUAUUUUGAAGACUUUACAAUUACCUCAGAAAUACCAUACAGGGAAGUAAGCGAUUAAAUGUACAAAUCUUGCGCCAUAUGUGCCAUACUGGGUCGCAAGUCCUUAUUUUGUCAAAUUAAUUUAAUAUUCAUUUGAAUACCAUCCUUAAGUAAGCAAUACUUAUUUAAAAAGAAACAAUUAUAUUUAAUUUAUUAUUAUCUAUAUUUAUUUUAUUAACUAAC